AUGGAGCCAUCUUUCAAGGACUACUUCGACAAGCUGACGGGUUCCCUAGACGCGAUCCAUGCCGACAUCCGCGGCCACACCGCCAUGCUCGACGAUCUGGCCCAGUGGCGGCCUGAUCUGGAGAAGCGCGUGGACCAGCUCGCGGUCGCGGUCGCCGAGCUUCAACAGGCGCGACCGGCUCCGACUGAAGAAGGGCAGUCCGCGGCGGCACGCGCGCCGCCACCACCUACUCCACCGGCGCCUCUGCGUGACCACGUCGGCACCAGCAAGAGCGCGGAGGGCGACGCCCUCGGGUCAAUCGACCACGGCAUCGACGUCAUACCUCGGGGCCUGGCACCGGCGUUCGCGUCGGUGGCCACCCCGGCCAACGGUCAGUUUCCGUUGAUCUCACCUUCCAUCACGUCUCCUUACGCGCACGCCAGUCAGUUGCUUGCGGGGAUCGGGCAGGCCCAUCCUUCGAUCGGGUUUCCCCAGUUCACCGGAGAGAACCCCCGAUUGUGGAAGACACUGUGCGAACAAUACUUUCAUAUGUUUGGAAUUCAGGAGAGGUACUGGGUUCCUAUGGCAUCUCUGAACUUCACGGGAGCCGCGUCCGUGUGGUUGCAAUCAGUUCAGAAAAAACUUUCUGAACUUGAUUGGGAGUCGUUUUCGUCGCUGUUGUGUACGCGCUUUGGACGUGAUCGACACCGGUUACUGAUUCGUCAGUUUUAUUCCCUGACGCAGAAAACUACCGUAGCUGAGUAUAUUGAGCAGUUUGAGUUGAUUAUCAGCCAUUUGUCUGCUUAUUCUGAAUCAAUUCACCCUUACUAUUAUCUCACUCGUUUUGUGGAGGGACUUCGCGCCGACAUCCGUGCAGUGGUGCUGGUUCAGAGACCACCGGACCUCGACACGGCCUGCGCUCUGGCGCUACUUCAGGAGGAGGUGGCGGACGGGGUGGCUCAGGAGCGUGUGCGCACUCCACCAGCGAGGCAGAACACCACCGACUGGGCGGGGCGGGGCAACGCAAGCACGCCCAUGGUAUUGCCCCCGCCUCCACCUCAAGGGCGCCCGCCUACUCCAACGACAGCCACCGACUGGCGGGCGAUCGACGCCAACCGCGCCGAGGGAACCAAGCUCAAGGCCCUGCGUGAGUAUCGGCGUGCUCGCGGUCUAUGCUUCAAGUGUGGCGAGCGCUGGGGGCAAGAGCACACCCGUCCUACCAGCGUUCAACUUCACGUGGUGGAGGAGCUCCUGGAACUCUUCAGCAUUGACAGCCCGGACGGUCCACCCACUCCAAGACGCGAAGAACAACAUACAGAGACAGCAAUGGCAAUUUCCCGUCACGCUCUCACUGGCAGUUCAGCCCCGAAGGCAAUUCGUCUACAUGCGUGGCUGCAAGGGCGCGAGGUCCUCGUUCUGGUGGACUCGGGGAGUUCAACUUCCUUCCUCGAUGCGUGCCUCGCUUCCUCACUGUCAGGCGUGGUACACUUGCGUCGGCCCUGCCGUGUCAAGGUAGCCGACGGAGGCGAACUCUGCUGUGUAUCUCACAUUCCCAAGUGCUGUUGGACAACACAGGGCCAAGAAUUUACCACCGAUAUGAAGAUAUUACCGCUUGGAGCUUAUGAUGCCAUUGUGGGCAUGGACUGGCUAGAAGAACACAGCCCCAUGAACGUGGACUGGCGUGGCAAGCAUAUGUUGAUUACCACACCGCAAGGGCCGGCUCAUUUGCAAGGUCACUCAGAUGGCGUCGCUCCAUGUUCAGAAAUCAACGGCCUGCAACUGUACUCUCUUCAGCGACAGGGGGCUUUGUCCCAGGUCAUUCAGCUCUGCCAAAUCACAGAGGGGGAUGAAAUUUAUGCACCAACUCCUGACAACAUCCAGGCCGUCAUCGACCAGUUUUCAGAUGUCUUUGGUGAGCCUACGGAGCUGCCCCCACGCCGCGCGUGCGAUCAUCGGAUACCUCUCAUGCCCGGCGCGCAACUGGUGAACUUGCGGCCGUAUCGGCAGAAGCCAGAGCACAAGGAUGAGAUAGAAAAACAAGUGCGAGAGAUGCUGAAGGCUGGAAUUAUACAACGCAGUCAUAGCCCUUUCUCUUCGCCGGUGAUCCUAGUCAAGAAAAAAGAUGGAACGUGGCCACUGUGCGUUGACUACAGACACCUUAACGCAAUGACAAUAGUGGGCAAGUACCCGGUGCCAGUGAUUGAGGAGCUGCUUGAUGAACUACACGGCGCCCAGUGGUUUUCCAAACUAGACUUGCGCGCCGGGUACCACCAGAUAAGAUUGGCAGACGGAGAGGAAUUCAAAACAGCUUUCCAAACGCACUCGGGGCACUUUGAGUUCAAGGUGCUGUCAUUCGGGCUAGCAGGAGGGCCAGCCACUUUCAUCGAAGCUGUGACUGAUACUCUACAGCCACUACUGCGUGAGUGUGUGUUGUCAUUCUUCGAUGACAUAUUGGUGUUCAGCAAAACAUUGGAGGCACAUGCAGAACACCUCCGACAGGUCUUCACCCUCUUGCGCCGUGAUCAAUGGAAGGUGAAGCUGAGCAAGUGCGCUUUUGGGCAGCAGCGGAUCUCUUAUCUGGGGCAUGUUAUCAGCGCGGAAGGCGUUGCCACGGAUCCAAGCAAAAUCAAAGAUGUGGUAGCUUGGCCGACUCCGACCAAUGUCAAAGAAGUGAGAGACAGUUCUUGGGUCUAG